AUGACAUCGGGUAUUGAUAAGUAUGGGGAAGCAUCAUCCAACUCUACAUCUACUAACACUAAUAAUAAAGGAGACAAAAAUGGUGUCGAAGAAGUACUUUCCAAAGAAGAGAAAUUAAGGAGACGGCAGGAAAAGAUAAGACUAUGGAAAUUGAAGAAAGAUCAAGAAGAUGAAGAGGAGAGAAAGAAGCUAGAGAGGCAGCAGAAAUUUGAAGAAUGGAAGAGGAAAAAGGAACUAAAGAAUAACCUUAGUAGUGAUGUAGAGCAGAAAAGUUUGAUAUCAUUGUCAGGAGUCAAUUUCAACAGCUCUAAUAGUGUAGGAAAUUCAAAAAUAACGACUCUUAAGAUCAAACCCAUUGCCAAGAAAGCUGGUGUAGCAAAACCGUCUGGGAAAAGAUCAAUUUUCGAUACUGAUGAUGACGAUGUAAGUGAAGGAAGUACAAAGAAGAAAGUUCCAAAAUUUAUCGACGAGAAUGUGGAUUACAUUAAAAAUGAAAGUAAUGAAAGUGAAGAUGAGUUGGAAACCUUCUUCAAAACCUUAGAAGACAAAGAAGUAGCUGUAAAUCACGAACAGAAGGGUACUGGAAAUGUAGUUGUGGAGGACAUGGGUGCAGAUGAUGAUGAUUUGGGUGACGAUGUCAACGAGCUAGAGAUUGCAGAGGAAUCAGAAAACAGACUCCUUGCUUCAAGAAUCGAAAAACUCCAGCAGAAAGAGAAGCUCUUACAGACUAUUGAUCACGAAAAUAUCGACUAUAAAGAGUUUAGAAAGGUAUUUUAUACGGAAUCUUCAGAGUUGUCUAAACUUAGUGAGGAGGAAGUAGAUACCAUACGAUUGUUAUUGGACGGAAUUAAAGUUCGUGGAGUUGAAUGUCCAAGACCUAUUUUAAAAUGGUCUCAGUUGGGUCUUCCUAGUACAAUGAUGGAUAUUAUAGAAGAAAAGCUUCGCUAUGAUGCACCAUCAUCUAUUCAAUCACAAGCAUUGCCUGCUAUUUUGUCUGGCAGAGAUGUGAUCGGGGUAGCGAAGACAGGUUCUGGUAAGACUUUAUCUUUCGUUUUACCGAUGAUUAGGCACAUCCAGGGUCAGGAGCAAAAUGACGAUAUAGGGAGAGGUCCUAUCGCUGUAAUCAUGUCUCCAACAAGAGAGCUUUCUUUACAAAUAUAUAAAGAAAUCACAAACUUUACUAAGAAAAAUUAUAUAUCGGUAAGUUGUUGCUAUGGAGGAGCACCAAUUCAAAACCAAAUUGCUGACUUGAAAAGAGGUGUUGAUAUUAUAGUUGGUACUCCUGGUAGAAUUAUAGAUCUAUUAUCUGCAAACGGUGGUAGAGUAACCAAUUUCAAUCGAGUCUCGUAUCUAGUUCUUGAUGAAGCAGAUCGUAUGUUUGAUAUGGGAUUUGAACCCCAAGUUAUGAGAGUUUUCGGUCAAGUCAGACCAGAUAGACAGACUGUAUUGUUUUCUGCUACUUUCCCAAGAAUGAUGGAACUAAUUGCUAAGAAGUUGCUUCACAGACCGAUAGAAAUAAUUGUCGGUGGGCGUAGUAUAGUUGCCCCCGAAAUUAAGCAAAAAGUUGAAUUAAUCAAACUGGAAAAUGAAUCUGAACUAGAAACUGUAAAAUUCAAUAAAUUAAUUCAAGUUUUACAGGAUUUCAAUACAAAAGAUCCGGAUGGUAAGAUUCUUAUUUUUGUUGAAAAGCAAACUUCUGCAGAUGAAUUAUUGGUUGAACUUUUGAAACAAAACUAUGCAUGUCUUGCAAUACAUGGAGGCAAAGAUCAGAUAGAUAGAAAGUAUUCUAUCAAGGAAUUUGCUUCUUUCAAAAGUGGAAUUAAUAUAUUGAUUGCGACUUCAAUUGCAGCCAGGGGCUUGGACGUUAAGGGUUUAAACUUAGUUGUCAAUUAUGAUUCACCUAAUCAUAUGGAAGAUUAUGUUCACCGUGUUGGGAGGACCGGUAGGGCCGGAAUGCCAGGCACAGCUAUCACAUUUGUUUCUUCUGCUCAAGAGAGAGCAAUCACAGAUCUCGUCAAGGCAUUGAGGUUGAGUAAAACUCCAGAGUCAGAGAUCUCACCUGAACUUGUUGAAAUAAGCGACAACUUUUUGAAGAAAGUUAAGUCGGGGAAAGAGAAAUUUGGUUUUGGCUUUGGCGGUAAAGGUUUGGAUAAAUUGCAAGAAAUUAGAGACAACAAGCAGGAACUUGAAAGACAGCAAUAUGUCACAGAAGAUGGCCUGGAUGUAGUUGGAAGUAAGGGAAAGAAAGUGGGUGCUGGAGAUGAGAGGAAACAAGUUACAGGAGCUGGAAUCAGCGGUAGUGGAACAAAAGUCACUACUUCCAAGAUUGAGUUCCCUCAAUUUGAAAUAAUUGAAGGGAGGGCGCCUGAAACUGCAGGUCCUGAUAUUAGUAAGUUUCACGCUAGAAUUGCAGUGAACGACCUUCCGCAGACCGCAAGAUGGAAUAUAGUUAGUAGAGAUAGCUUGUCUAAGAUUAUUGAGGCUACUGGCACUUCAAUCACGAACAAGGGUCAAUUCUAUCCAUCUGGAACAUUACCGAAGCCCACAAUUAAGAAUGGUAGAGAAAUUACUCCACCUCCUAAGUUAUACUUGUUAGUGGAAGGCCUUACAGAGUCAGCUGUGAAAGAGGCUAUAUCUUUAUUACGCCAAAAGAUGGUUGAAGGUUUAGAGUCUGCUGUCAAAGAGGAAAGCAGAGGUGGCCCUGCGACGAAGUAUGAUGUAUAA